UAGCCUCCAUCUAGCAUCCAUCCAGUCUACACCUACACCCAGUCCACAUUCAGUCUACACCCAGUCUAUAUCUAGCCUCCAUCUAGCAUCCAUCCAGUCUACAUCUAGCCUCCAUCAAGUAUACACCCAGUCCACACCCAAUAGUCUACACCCAGUAGUCUACACCAUGUAGUCUACACCCUAUAGUCUACACCCAGUAGUCUACACCAGUCUACAGUCAACAUCUAGUCCACACCCAAUCUACAGUCCACACCCAGUAGUCUACACCCAGUCUAUAGUCUACAUCCAGUCCACACCCAGUCUACACCCAGUCUACAGUCUACACCCAGUCUACAGCCUACACACAGUCUACACUCUACACCCAGUCCACACCCAGUCUAUAGUCUACACCCACUCCACACCCAGUCUACACUCAGUCUACACCCAGUCUACACCCAGCCCACACCCAGUCUACACCAAGUGUACAGUCUACACCCAGUCUACACCCAGUCUACAGUCUACACCCAGUCUACACCCAGUCUACACCGAGUCUACACACAGUCUACACCGAGUCUACAAUCUACACAGUCUACACCCAGUCUACACCCAGUCUACGUUUAUACCCAGUCCACACCCAGUAUAUAGUCUACACUCAGUCUACAUCCAAUUCUACACCUAGUCCACACCCAGUAGUCUACACCCAGUCUACAUCCAGUUUACACCCAGUCUACAUCUAGGUUGCGUGAAGUUGCUUGAAGAAGUUGCAUGAAGUCGCGUGCAGUUGCCUGAAGUUCAUUGAAGUUGCUUGAAGAAGUUGCAUGAAGUUCCUUGAAGCUGCGUGAAGUAGUUUGAAGUUGAUCGAAGUUGCUUGACGCAGCGUGAAGUAGCGUGAAGCAAUUGAUCGAAGUUGCUUGACGCAGCGUGAAGUUGUGUGAAGUUGCUUGAAGUUGCGGGAAGAAGUUUCGUGAAGUUGCGUGAAGUUAAUUGAAGCUGCGCCUGCCGUUCCGGGUCACGUUCCCGCGUCUUCUGUGCCCCCUGCAGAGUCGCCGGUGGCGUGAGAGCCGGGGGGGGGGGGCACCGGGGGAUGGCGUUUCGACGGGAUGCUGACGGCGACGACGACGACGGCGAUGCGGUGGAGCAUUCCCCGUCGUGGCCACCGACCGUCAAGCGAGAGGCUGGCGGACACGGGGCCGGGGCUGAGACGCGGCCACGCGUGAAGGUGGAGCCACGAGAGCCGCACGACGGCGAUGCGGUGGAGCAUUUCCCGUCGUGGCCACCGACUGUCAAGCGAGAGGCUGGCGGACACGAGGCCGGGGCUGAGACGCGGCCACGCGUGAAGGUGGAGCCACGAGAGUCGCACGACGUUCUAGGAGCUCACGUUCAGAUUAAAGAAGAGGACCUUCUGGGUGAACACCGUGACCUUCACAUUAAACAGGAGAAGGAGGAGGUGGUGGAGGUGAAGGUUGAGGGUGACGAUGAAGACGAUGAAGAAGAAGAGGAGGAGGCUUUGGACGACCGCAUGCGGCGCGACAAAUCCUUUCCAUGGCCUGGAGAGCCGUUAGCGUCCUGUCGGGAGCUGGCGGCUUCGUCAGAUGUGGCGGAGAUCGAAGUGACCUUGGAAGAGGAGGAGGACGGCAAUGGUGUUGGUGCUGGUGGUGCGACACUGCUGGAAGGCGAACAGCAGCAGGGGCUCUCGGCCACAGUUCGCGGCAAGGCGCUCCUCAACAAGAAACUUCAAUUGCCAGCGCAGGGCAGCAGCAACUGCAAGGGGUUAAAAUGCUCAUCGGAACCGAAGCGCCACGCGAGGGCUCUCACUGGCGAGAGGCCGCACAUCUGCGGCGUGUGCGGAAAGGGCUUCGCCGCGUCGUCGAACCUCAGGAGCCACGCGAGGGUCCACACGGGCGACAGGCCGCACGCAUGCCCUGUGUGCGGCGCGGCUUUCGCCCGCCCGUGGGACCUCAGGGGCCACGCAAGAAUGCACACGGGCGAGAGGCCGCACGUCUGUGCCGUGUGUGGCAAGGGCUUCGCGCUGUCGUCGAACCUCAGGUGCCACAUGAGGAUCCACACCGGCGACAGGCCGCACGAGUGUGCCGUGUGUGGCAAGGGCUUCAUCCGCCCUUCGGCCCUGGCCAACCACGUGAGGACGCACACGGGCGAGAGGCCGCACGUCUGCCCAGAGUGCGGGAUGGCAUUUUUCCACGCCUACGUCCUCAGGAGCCACGCGAUAAUCCACACGGGGGAGCACCCGUACCAGUGCUUGGUGUGCGGCAAGGCCUUCGCACGCCCGUCGAAUCUCAGAAGCCACGCGAAGAUCCACACCCGGGCGGGAGAGAAGCCUCCACAAGUGUCGUGAGUGCGGGGAAGGCUUUUUUAGUUUCGACCCGUCGAAUCUCAGAAACCAUACAAAGAUCAACACUUGGGUGGGGCAAAACCCCAAUAAGUGUCGUGGGUGCGGGGAAGGAUUUUUUGUGCGCCCCGUGGGAUCUCAGAAGCCACGCGAAGAUUAACACCCGGGUGGGAGAGGAGCCCUGCACAAUUGUUGUGAGAACCACAGGGCCUCUGUGCCCCCCGUGGGAUCUCUGAGCUACUACAUAGCUCUUUUUCAGAUGCGACCUGGAUGUCACAAAUUAUAGCUCAAUGAAGUGGCUGAUCAACGUAUGGAAAUUUAUACCAGUAGCCAAAUACUCUAAAACGCACGUUAUUGUAUGUGGAGGGAAAACUCCAAGAACACAGGCGUCAGGGUCGGGAUCAAACCCAUGACCUCCUGUAUACAAGGCGAGGUAGUUGACAUCUCCUAACCACGACGUCGCACUCAGAUCACUGGUUGAACACAAGGUACAUGAGCUAAAUUAUUGAAACAAAACUCGGAGCAGAUGUUUCAAGAUUCACAAAUUAUAUAAAAAUAAGUAUUUAAAAUAUUAGAACAACUUAAGAUGCACGAUUGUAUAAAUUGGUAUACAUUGCAAAACGUAAUCAUUGUGAAUAAUGUAAACAUUUAACUGAACCAGAUAAGAAGGUACAAAUAAAAAUCAUCCAGUAUUUAUUGCAUGAAAUAAUUACGAUUAUUUACGAUUAUUUCAUGAAGGUAUGCCAUUAAUUUGAACGCAAGUAAAAGUGUCGCUUUAAUCAGAAUGGUAAUAAACUCACAUUUUGAAUCAA